AUGGUCAUGUUGAAUGAUGAACAGAUAAGAGAGUGGAAUCGGAAGAAGUUUUCCCUGUUGGAGGAGAUGUUAUAUUGCAAAUUCUCACAGAAUGAAGAAGCAAGGAAGGUUUUACUAGCCACUGACAAUGCUGAAUUGUGGCAUGGAACGAGAGGCGUACCAAAAGCAAGACAAGUUGGAUUGGAAAGGGUGAGAACAAGAAUUAGGGAAGCUAUUAAUUCUUCCGAUGAUGAAGAGAAAGUUUGCUCAUCUUCGGAAUCAUCAUCGGAAGAAGAAGUAAAAAAUCAUGAUGAUGAGGAAGGAAAUGAUUUAAAAAGAAAAAGACCUUCGGAAUCAAAAGAGAAUAAUAACAAGAGGAGAAAAUAG